UACGGGACACUGUGUAUAUAAUCCACCGACGACGGGCGUCGCAAAUCAGUCAGCUCGUCAAGUCAAACCAGCUAACCACAACAUACAGCAAUGAAGGUACUCGUCAGCGUAGUUCUUUUGGCCGCCAUGGUCUUAGCCGAGCCGCCGCGUUACCGCCAAGCUCAGCAACAGAGACAGUAUUACUUCGCCCAACAGCAAGAGGAGGCCGCUCCCUACACCGCGUCCGGCUGGAGACCGGCUGGACCAGCCUUCAAUCUCCCUCAGAGACAAUCUCAGCGACAAAACGCAGCCCCGAGCGCGCCUCAGCAGCAAUACGGAGCCCCGAGCGCGCCUCAGCAGCAAUACGGAGCCCCGAGCGCACCUCAACAGCAAUACGGAGCGCCGAGCGCACCUCAACAGCAAUACGGAGCGCCGAGCGCACCUCAGCAGCAAUACGGAGCGCCGAGCGCACCUCAGCAGCAAUACGGGGCGCCGAGUGCGCCUCAGCAGCAAUACGGAGCGCCGAGUGCGCCUCAGCGACAAUACGGAGCGCCGAGCACGCCUCAGCAGCAAUACGGAGCACCACCGACCAAUCCUCAGCGAGAAUACGGAGUACCUGAAGAGUCCACGACAACCGAAGCACCUAACACCACCGAAGAGGAAGAAGCGUCUACUGUUCAGGGUCUCACCGAGUCCGAAUCCGAGUCCGUAAGCGCGAAAAACGAGCUCGAGAAUGAGGACGCGGAAAAUGAGAAGCAACCCCAACAAUCCGGAGAGUACUACGUGGCCCUUCCCGACGGUCGCCUUCAGCGCGUGCAGUACAUCAGUCGUCAAGACGUCGAGGCCAUGAAAUAUUUCGCCAAGAUCCGCGCCGAGAACGUGGAGCCGCUUCGCGGACCGAUCUACGCGUACACACCCCUGCAGAAGCUGCAAAUCGUGCCAGCGAGCCUGCAGCUGUCGGUCGCGCCGGUCGCCCCGAUCGCCGCACCUGCGGAGAACAAGCCGCAGAAACUUGAACUCGAGCCGGUGGCCGCCCAAGUGCAGUACCAAUAUGACAACGCCGGAGUAGUGCCCCUGAGCACCAACCCUCUGAGCACGUCCUACACCACCUACACGGCGAACUAUCAAGCAGCACCGGCUGCCCCCGCAAGCGACAGAUUUCUUCUCACUUUUCAAUAAAGACCGAAAUCGUCACGCGAUAAUCAAACGGUUCUUGUAAAUUAUGUUGUACAUGUCACAUAAGUUGUUAAGUGUGUAACUCACAAUAUUAGGCUAAGCUGACGACAUAAUAAAGCUGAUGAUAACAAAAUUUUUC